AUGCCAGCUACCAGAAAUUCAUCUUCUACUAUGGAAGAGCAAUUAAGAAGUAUGGAGCAAAGAUUGGAGGAACAAUCUCAGAAACAAGAAGCUCAAUCAAGAUUGUUUGAAGAAUCGAUGGCUAGAAUGUUGCAGGCCAUUACUGAACUCAAGAAUGAUAGGGGUGACAGAAGACCAUCUGAAUCUCCAAGAUCCGAAACUGGAGAAAGAAGCUCAGCAAGGAUUCUGGGGUAUGUACCUAAACUGGAGUUCCCUAAAUUUGAUGGCACUAAUGCUAGGCUAUGGAUAAAGAAAUGCAGUAAGUAUUUCUCACUUUGCAAGAUUGCUGAUGAUCAGAAAGUAGAUUUAGCAUCAUUACAUAUGAUUGAGAAGGCAGAAUGUUGGGUAACAAGUUACUUAGCUGUGAGGAAAGGUGUUGAUUGGUCUGACUUUGUAAUUGAUGUUAAUGCAAGAUUUAAAGAUGAUUCUAGCAGAAACGUAGUUGAAAAAUUUAACAAGUUACAGCAAGAUGGAUCUCUAGAACAAUACAUUGAUGAUUUUGAAACAUUAAAGUCAUUAAUGAUGCAAGAUAAUCAUGAUCUUCCUGAGGCAUACAUGUUAGACAGCUUCAUAGGAGGUAUGAAACCUGCUGUCAAACCCUUGGUAAAAGCUUUCAAACCUACUUCUAUAACCCAAGCAAUUGAGUAUGCUAGGUUAUUAGAAGAAUCUUUAAGCCUAAACACAACCAAAUACCCUAAACACACAUCUAACUUUGCCUAUUCUAAACCAAUCCAAGCAACUCCAUUAUCUUCUCACCCACCUUUAUUACCUAAUCCAUUACAACCUUCAACUUCUUCUCUUCCUCUCACAAAAUUUAACCCAAGACAAAGAAACUCAAGGCAUAUUCCUGCUGAUGUCAAGGCUGAUAAGAUUGCAAGGGGUCUAUGCUAUUAUUGUGAUAAGCCAUUUGAGAAGGGUCAUAAGUGUGACUUCAAGGAACCUCAACUGUUUACAGUUGAAAUUCCUGGAUCUUCCUCUGAUAAUGAUGAAGACUCACCACUGCCAGAGAGUCCACAAGGUACAGAACCUUGUAUUUCAGUACAUGCUUUAUCAGGAAACCAAAGUUAUAAUACUAUGAGGCUUACUGGAGUUCAGGAGGGCAGGACAUUACAUAUCUUGGUGGAUUCAGGAAGCACCCAUAACUUCUUGGACCUAUCAACAGCCAAGAAACUGGGAUGUAAGUUGGAAUUUAUUCCUUCCCAAGCAGUAACUGUAGCAGAUGGGAAUAAUUUACAAUGUCAGUAUAUAGUGAAGGAUUUUGAAUGGGAAAUGAAUGGGAAACUAUUCACUACAGAUGUGAUGUUGAUAGACUUGGGCAGCUGUGAUAUGGUCCUUGGUAUUCAAUGGUUAAGUACUUUAGGCACUGUAUUUUGGGAUUUUAAAAAGUUGAUCAUGGAGUUCACUUAUGAUGGUGUUCAGUUUGUAUUGAAAGGUCUCACCCCUAAGAAAUUGGCUGUAACUAAUGCCAUUUCUAACAAGUCUCUGGAACAUGCUGCCCAGUUAUGUUUGAUUCAGGUAAGACAAGUGUGCCUAGCUGGGGAAACUCAGUUGCUAAACCUAGAAACUAUGUCUUCCCAAACUCCUGCACUUGAGUUACUUGCUUUACAACAAAAGUAUGCCAGUGUAUUUGCUGAUCCGGAGGAGUUACCACCUCUAAGGGGUGUUUUUGAUCAUAGAAUCCCAUUAAUUGAAGGCUCAACUGCAGUCAACAUUAGGCCAUAUAGGUAUCCAUUGAAGCAGAGAGAUGUUAUUGAACAACUCAUACAAGAAAUGCUGGAUAGAGGUAUUAUUCAAAACAGCUCUAGUCCAUUUGCUUCUCCUGUUGUUUUGGUUGGCAAGAAAGAUGGCACAUGGAGGUUAUGUGUUGACUAUAGAGAAUUGAAUAAUAGGACAGUAAAGAAUAAAUUUCCUAUUCCUAUUGUAGAUGAAUUAAUAGAUGAAUUGUCUGGAGCUGUUGUGUUUAGUAAACUUGAUUUGAGGGCUGGGUAUCACCAGAUGAGAGUUCACCCUGAUGAUGUGUUUAAGACUGCCUUUAAAACACAUACAGGACACUUUGAAUUCUUGGUUAUGCCAUUUGGCUUAACCAAUGCACCUGCAUCCUUUCAAGGAUGGAUGAAUGCCAUUUUUAAACCUUUAUUAAGGAAGAGUGUGUUGGUGUUUUUUGAUGAUAUUUUGGUCUACAGUCCUUCAAUAGAAGCUCAUUGGAGACAUCUUGCUGAAGUCUUUGAUCUCAUGCAAAAGAAUCAGUUGUUUGCUAAAGCCAGUAAAUGCUCUUUUGCUAUACCUAAGGUGGAGUAUUUGGGUCACUUCAUAUCUGCCAAAGGAGUAGAAACAGAUCCUAAUAAAAUUGCUGCAGUUAGUUCUUGGCCUACUCCUUCUUCAGUAAAGGAACUAAGGAGCUUCUUGGGGUUGGCUGGUUAUUACAGGAAGUUUGUGAAAGGUUUUGCUUUGAUGUCUAAACCAUUAACAGAUUUGUUAAAGAAAGGAGCUUGGGGAUGGCAUGAUGAAGCUCAACUGGCCUUUGAUCAGUUGAAAACUGCUCUUACUUCUGCACCUGUUCUAGCCAUUCCUAAUUUCAAGCUGCCUUUUGUAGUUGAAACUGAUGCUUCCAAGUCAGGUAUAGGAGCAGUAUUGAUGCAACAACAGCACCCUAUAGCUUUCUUGAGCAAAGCUUUAGGUCCUAGGUGGCAGGCUCUUUCUGUUUAUGAAAAAGAAUUGUUAGCUAUUGUGUGUGCAGUCCAGAAAUGGGAACAUACUUAA